GGUGCUCUUGUGACGACCUCUGCUGAUGCUAUCAGUCCACUGCGGAUAGGCAUGCUGAGUAAUCCUGCUGUAAAUGGGCGAGGACACGGACACACGGAAAAUUAACCACAGCUUUCUGCGAGACCACAACUAUGUGACUGAAGCUGAUAUUAUUUCUACAGUUGAGUUCAACCACACUGGAGAACUGCUGGCUACUGGUGACAAGGGGGGUCGAGUUGUUAUAUUCCAAAGGGAACCUGAGAGUAAAAAUGAGCCUUACAAUCAGGGGGAGUACAAUGUUUACAGCACUUUCCAGAGCCAUGAACCGGAAUUUGAUUAUUUGAAGAGCUUGGAGAUAGAAGAGAAAAUAAACAAGAUCAAGUGGUUACCACAGCAAAAUGCAGCUCACUCACUUUUAUCAACAAAUGAUAAAACAAUCAAAUUGUGGAAAAUUACUGAAAGAGAUAAGAGACCAGAGGGGUACAACUUAAAAGAUGAAGAAGGAAAGCUUAAAGAUCUUUCUACAGUAACGUCACUGCAGGUGCCUGUAUUGAAACCCAUGGAUUUGAUGGUAGAAGUCACUCCCAGGAGAAUCUUUGCUAAUGGUCACACCUAUCAUGUCAACUCAAUAUCUGUCAACAGUGACUGUGAGACGUACAUGUCAGCGGAUGAUCUCAGGAUUAACCUCUGGCAUUUAGCUAUCACAGAUAGGAGCUUCAACAUUGUAGAUAUAAAGCCAGCCAAUAUGGAGGAUCUGACGGAAGUGAUUACAGCCUCUGAGUUCCAUCCCCACCACUGCAAUCUCUUUGUCUACAGCAGCAGCAAAGGAUCCCUGAGACUCUGCGACAUGAGGGCAUCGGCUCUCUGUGACAAACAUUCCAAGCUUUAUGAAGAACCAGAAGACCCCAGUAACAGAUCAUUUUUUUCAGAAAUUAUCUCUUCAGUGUCAGAUGUCAAAUUCAGUCACAGUGGUAGAUACAUGCUUACAAGAGAUUACCUCACUGUCAAGGUUUGGGAUCUGAACAUGGAAACAAAGCCUGUAGAAACAUACCAGGUCCAUGAUUACCUUAGAAGCAAGUUAUGUUCCCUCUAUGAAAACGACUGCAUCUUUGACAAGUUUGAAUGUGCAUGGAAUGGAUCUGACAGUGUGAUAAUGACAGGUGCAUAUAACAACUUUUUUCGAAUGUUUGACCGCAACACCAAGCGGGAUGUCACCUUGGAGGCUUCCCGCGAGAGCAGUAAGCCACGAGCCAUUCUUAAGCCCCGGAGAGUCUGCGUUGGAGGCAAACGGAGGAAAGAUGACAUCAGUGUUGACAGUUUGGACUUUACUAAGAAGAUCUUGCACACAGCAUGGCACCCAACCGAGAACAUCAUUGCUAUAGCAGCGACAAACAAUCUGUACAUAUUUCAGGAUAAAGUGAACUCAGAAAUGCACUAGAUUUAUCAAUAUCCCUCUAUAUUUACAAACCAGCCUCUUGACAGUUGUAGAAGGAUGUGAUCUUCACAAAAAUUGUGGCUUCUGUGGUGGGAUUUGUAGAUUACAUCCUUUCAUCCCUCAGCCUGUAUCAUUAUUGGUGGCAAGCCAAUUAUUUUCCAUCACUGCAACUGUAUGAGUAAAAGGCACGAGUGCAAAUCCA